AGACAGAUUCUCCCCAGCCCCCCGCGCACACUGGGGCAAAGCGAGCAUGAAGCGCUGCCUGGAGUGUGUGUGACACAGGCACCCUUGGGGGGUGAUCCGCUUGGAUGACUGGAGAUCUGGCCGGACUGUCCUAACCCUGCUGCUAGGGGCUUCCCUGAAUCUGCCCUGCAGGUGUCUUCCCCUACAGCAGUGAGAUCUGGCGUAAGCCGCAGCCUGCGUGGACCAUUCAGUCCCGUGACCUGCCACCAAGAUGCAUCUGCAGUGAGCUGUGGCUCUGCGCAGUCUGCCUUCGAGACCCUAAGGCCUGCAGACGACGAGAUGAAAAGAAGCCCGAAAACAGAGGCCCGCGGCUCCUUGAAAACAUUCCCUGCCAUUGCGGAGCUGGAACUGGGGGACUUGAUUGAGAUCUUCCGCUUCGGAUACCAGCACUGGGUCAUCUAUGUGGGAGACGGCUACGUUGUUCACCUGGCCCCCCCCAGUGAGAUACCCGGGGCGGGCUUUGCCAGCCUGAUGUCCACACUGACCAACAAGGCCCUGGUGAAGAAGGAGCGUCUCCUGGAUGUGGUGGGGAGGCACCGCUAUCGGGUCAACAACAAGCAUGACAGGAAGUUCCCCCCGCUGCCGCCGGGGAAGAUCGUGCGGGCCGCCGAGCAGCUGGUGGGCCAGGAGAUGCUUUACAAAGUCACCAGUGAGAACUGCGAGCACUUCGUCACUGAGCUGAGAUAUGGCGUGGCCAGGAGUGACCAGGUGCGGGACGUCCUGGUGGGGGUGAGCGUCGCUGGGCUGGGGCUGGCUGCUCUGGGCCUCCUUGGGGUUGCAGUCCAAAGGAGAAGACGCCAGAACCAGUAACGGACUUGAGUGGAUCGGAGGGGUUUGGGGUUUUUUUGGUGUUUUUUUGAUCCAAGCAGAAGAGACUUUGCAGCCGUUUUGGGGGUGUGGUGGGAACUUCGUAUGUGUUGCUCUGUCCCCUCUUUUGGGUGAACACCUUUCCCCCCCCCCACCCCCACCCCCCGCCGGCACCAGCACAAGAAUAAAACCAGGAGAUUGGUA